UCCUACAUACUGGCGUUGGCAAGCGAGAGGCAGUUCAGUUCGCCUGAGGCGUCAUGCAGUUCGGUGGCGAUGCUGUGACCAGCAUUCAGAACAGCAACCAUCACCUGCAUCCAUCAGCGAGCAGUCGGUCCUUGAAUGCAGCUGCAGUCGAUGCUGGUGGUGCCAAUACUGCCAAUAGUGCCAAUGGUGCCAAUGGUGCCAAUGGGUCGAUUCUGAUGACCAGCCGUGGCAGCAAUGAAAGCAAAAGCAGUGGCGCAGUCCCGUUCAGAUCUGUAGGUGCGUACUUUUAUCACGUCGAGCAGGACUUGCUGGGCGGCGGUUCAUUCGCACGCGUCUAUCGCGCCACGCACAAGUUUAUCCACGGACACUAUGCAGCACUCAAGCAAGUCAAGCGAAACGCGCUCGAUACGCGACGCGCGGCUGUCACUCUCAGACUGGAACUCACCACAAUGCGUCGACUCAACCAUCCGAACGUUGUGCGAUUGUACGGCUCCAAGGAAACGAGAGAAAACAUCUACCUGUUGAUGGAAUACUGCGCAGCGGGCGAUCUCGGGCACUUUAUUGACGAGCGAGGGCGAUUAUCCGAGGCAGUAACAAGAUCAAUCAUGACACAGCUGAUUGCUGCGCUCUUGCACAUGCGAAGCGCAAACGUUACACACCGCGAUAUCAAGCCCCGAAACCUUCUGUUGCAGCCAUUUGCCCACGGAAAAUUGAUGGUCAAAGUGGCCGACUUUGGGCUCGCUUGUCAGCAGCAAGCGGAGGAGCGGCAUUCGGAAAUCUGCGGCUCGCCUUUGUACAUGGCUCCGGAAAUCUUGAUGCAGAGGCGAUACGGUCCAUCGGUCGACCUGUGGUCUGCCGGAGUUGUCCAGUUUGAGUGCAUCACUGGCCACGUCCCGUACCGAGCCGCGAGCGGACCUGCUCUUCUCGAUGCCAUUCGCGCUGCACAGAGCCAACCGCACCCUCUUUUGGGCUCGCAGGCUGUCUCAGCAUUGCAACCAUCGGUAACGCCCUCCCCACCUGCGACGCUCCGCAACCCUCCUCCCGACAGAUCGCCAGAGCCGCAGCUGACUGCUGGUGGUGGUGGUCAAAUCAACGGCAGCACCGCGAAUACGCCAACACCUCUCCCACCGCUGAAUUUUGAGUACGCCACACUCACUGCUCCCCGGCAAAUUGCAGCGCUUCAACCGCUUCCUUCUGUCAGUCAGCCUUUCCGGGAUUUGCUCUGCAGUCUCCUGCAGAUGGAUGCGAAAAAACGCGCCUCGUUCGAUGAUUUGGCACGCAACCCCUAUCUGAACGUGACUCGGUACAACGUAGCCUGGCACACGCCUUCUUUGAACAUUCUGGAUGUUCUGGUGGCUGAUGAGCGUCAGUGUCGACCCGAACCUGUUCACGCGGAAUCCCUCGAUCGACGACUCUCUAUUGAUGCAAGUCAGCCCGAUCAAACCCAUCUUGGUAUCACGCACAAGGCAGACUUGAAUCGGAGGCGGUCCUUGGACACGCGGUUUGGCGACACACAAGCGCAAGCCGCUUGGUCUGCCAGUUUCAAAUCCAUCUCGGUCUCAAAUGUCAAAGAUGGACGAGCAGGUUUCAUCAAGUCGGACGCUGCCGAGUCGUUCGCCACCUCCACACAAGCCGAAUCUGCCAUUGCCGCUCGACCUCCACCUCCAGUCAUUCUCAUUAACAGGGCCACGAUCGGUACGUCGGCAUCAAAAGCAACAGGCCCACCGCCGCUCGUGUCCCCUACCGCUCGCAAGGCACUUCCCGAGCACAUGAUUGAUGUGGAAUCAGCAGACAGACUCCAGCGUGACGAGCGGCUUCAAGCAGCACGCGCUGCCAGUCGCAGGUCGUCAGCAUGCGCUGGAAACGAGCCAACUCUCACGGCCACCUCCUCCGCCUUGCCGCGGGAACCAGUGAUCGAGGUCGAUCAGCCAGCGAAAACGGGCCAAGAUGAUGCUGACAGCGAUUCCGACUCGGACGACGGCUGGUCGCCAGCCACACUCAGAGCCGCAAUGUCAAUUGCCAGAUCCGUGUCCCCGUUGCAGAGCGGAGAGCCAAACCAGGCACACUUUCUUACUGGAAUUGUGCCGGCCUUUCCAAAAACAACUCCCAGAGACCCGCGAAACGCCCCGCAUCUCCUGCCUGCCAGUGUCCCGUCUCGAGCGUUGAGCUUGGAGUCUGUCGAGCUGGCAGGAUCACUGCAGUCAACUAUCGGGCAGUCAGGUCCGCAGUCCCCAGACGUCGACGACCGGGAGGUCUCGCGCGCCAUGGCUUCAUUCUACGAGGAGCAAGUCAGACAGGUGGUGGGAGGUCCUGCGUCCAGGCGCGCUUCGUUCGAUCAAAACGGGCUGCCGCUGCCCUACCUUCAGCACCGCUCCAACUCGGAUGGGUCUGUAUUGGCGCACUAUCGGCGCGACAGCACUUUGACAACAUCCGUUGUGGAAUCACCUCAGCCCAACGCUAUCAAUUUCGACAGUCCGCUCCCGGCUUUCGCCACAAAAUCCGCCACACGACCGCCACCGCUUCCUAUUGGUAUUUCGGUACUGUCAGGCCCCGUCCCGCCUUCGAGAGCACGCCGAACGAACGAACCCGCCACUGCUGCAUCCUUGGAAGCCACCUCGACGUUGUCGACAUUGGACGCUGGCUCGUCGACGCCCGUCUUCUCGCAAACCUCGACGGCGUCCAGUCCACUGCGCACUGCAACCUCCAUGCAGCGGCCGUCGAGUCAAAGUGGCAGUUGGAGUCGACCGUCACCGGCACGAGCCGUUCGCCUGAAUGUCUCGGCAGCACUGGCUCCCGGCAAUGAACUGUGGAACCAGUCCGCCCUGUCAAACUUUCAGCAAGACCAGCAAAUGUUUCUCACACAACAGACCCAAGAGCAGUUUAGUGACGCAGCAGCGCCGCCUGUUGUUCCUCGGAGCACGAAUCUGUUCAAUCGCGGUCGUCGAGGCCCGCUCAAUAACUGAGCCACCGUCCCGCUUUGGCGGUUGAGGAAGCAUUGGUAAACGAACCAGUGAUAGCCCUUGCGUUCGUCUCAACCAGGAUGCAUCUCAUCCCAGCAACAAGCCGCGCAGAUCAGACCAUCACCAUAAAGUUUUUUUUUCUCCUUUUUCUUAUUCGCAAUGUUGGAAUAAAGCUUCCGAUGGCACAGUUGAUCGCCAUGUAUUGCUUUGCUUCAAUCGAUUCAU